AUGGGUGAUUUCAUCGUACAUUGUUUAGAAGCUCCUGCCACAACCGGCGAACAAUUCAAAACUGAUUUACAAGAUCUAGUAACUACUAAUCCUCUUUACAACCACAUCACUUUGCCCACUCGGUUUAGAACUGGUAACAGGCCAUCUGUGUUGGAUCUUGUGCUUACCAACGAAGAGCAUAUGAUUGAUGCGUUGGUUUUAGACUGCCCGUUGGGUCGCAGUGAUCACGCAGUCAUCAGUUUCAACUUCGUCUGCUAUGCAGAAUAUCGGAAUGAUAACGAUGAUGCUGUGCGAACCAUCACAAGGUACGACCGACUCGCCCAGCUAGUCAGCGCCACAACAUGGUCUUUCCUCGAAGAAGAACCCCCGGAAGUUUCCUGGCUUGAGUUCGUCAACACAUUCAGUCAGCUGAUUGCACAGGCUUCAGAGAUAAAAGCUUGCAAUAAGUGCAAAUCUGUUUCUUUCGUUAGGAGCAGUACCCGAAAAUGGAUGACAGUACGCAACGUAGCAUGGCGAGUGUACAGAGAAGCUCCAGCACCAGAAACUUGGGACAACUACGUAGCCCAACGUAACCACUGCACACAACUGCUAAGCGAAGACAAAGCCGCCUAUCAGCAGAAUAUCGCAAAAACCUUCAGUGCUAACCACAAACUGCUGUAUAAGCACGUUAACAGCCUACGAAAGGUGAGGCAAGGAUUUCCUCCACUCAAGACGGCUGAUGGCCCAUAA